UAUAUUCCCACCAAAAUUGAAAUUUAAAUUUAUGAAGUUCAUUAUAUUUUAAUUUGAUGAUUUUCGUAAGUAAAUAUAAAAUAUCAUUAUUGCUGUAUCCAAGACCGGUUAUGAUAUAUAAAACAGUAUAUAAUUAUACUAUAGCCCUAAUUAAUAAUACUCUAAGUAGAGAACCACGUAUAUCUAAAUCUGACGUUUGAAGAAAACUACUUAGACUUUGAUUUGGUCUUAUUGGACAUUGAUAAAUUGGGAGAGUAUGAAUAUUAUUUGGUACCAGUAGUUUUCAAUAUAGAAAUCAUGUAAGUGAUGGGUUGGCUAUAAAUACAUGGAUCUUGAUUUAUGAUCUGAGUCAUAUAAAACCAUUAAGGAAUAAUCAACGAACAAUGAUGUUGGUGGUUGUUAGAGUGGUGGUGUGUGUCCACAUAUUUAUGCUGUUUCACUUUGCAUGUUUGUCUUCUCAUUCAUGCCAUCCAGAAGAGAGUUCUGCCUUGUUUCACUUCAAGACCCAACUCAUUACUAACACUACAUUUUUUGAUGGAUGGUAUGAGUAUGAAUGCCCCAAUGCUUAUCCAAAGAUGAGUACGUGGGACAAUAGGACAGAUUGUUGUUCAUGGAUGGGUGUCACGUGUGAUUCUCUGUCUGGUCACGUGAUUGGCCUCGAUCUAAGUUGCAGUGCACUUGUAGGUAUAAUCCAUCCUAACAGUACACUUUUCCAUCUUACUCAUCUCCAAACACUCAACCUUGCUCACAAUUAUUUCUAUAAUUCUCAAUUGCCAUCUCUGUUUGGUGGGUUUAUGAGUCUUACACACUUGAAUUUAUCUGACUGUGAAUUCGAAGGUGAAAUUCCUUCUCAAAUCUCACACCUUUCCAAAUUACAGUCACUUGAUCUCUCUUUGAAUUCUGGUUUAAAGUGGAAAGAAACCACUUGGAAGAGAAUGUUGCAAAAUGCAACAGCUUUGCGUGAGAUUAUAUUGGAUGGUACAGACAUGUCUUCCAUUAGCAUAACACCAAGUCAUUUGUCCAAUUGGUCUUUCUCUUUCUCUUUGGUUACUCUUAGUCUUUUUGAUACUAGAAUAAAGGGACAUUUGACAAGUCACAUUCUCUGUUUACCCAACCUUCAUGAGCUCAAUCUAUAUGGAAAUGGAAACAUUCAAGUCAAUUUUCCAAACUUGAAUUGCAGUACUUCUCUUAGUUUUUUAGAUCUUUCAUGGUGUCAAUUCUCAGGAUCACAAAUCCCUUCUUCCUUUUCUAACCUCACACAUCUAACUUCUUUGAGCUUGUCUGGAAGUGAAUCCAAUGGUUCAAUCCCAUCCUGGCUCUCAAAUCUUCAACAUCUCACUCACUUGGACCUUUCAAGCAAUAGAUUUAGUGGCUCAAUCCCAUCAUUACUUUCAAACCUUCAACAUCUCACUCACUUGGACCUUUCAUUCAAUAGAUUUAGUGGCUCAAUCCCAUCAUUACUCUCAAACCUUCAACAUCUCACUCACUUGGACCUUUCAGGCAAUAGAUUUAGUGGUUCAAUCCCGUCAUUUCUCUCAAUCCUACUCUCAAACAUUUCACAUCUCACUCACUUGGACCUUUCAUACAACGGAUUUAAUGGUCAAUUUCCAAAAGUACUUGGUCAAUUGACCAAAUUACAAACACUUAUCCUUGCAGGUAACAGUUUAGGAGGAAAGUUACUGCUAUCUUCAUUAGCUAACUUAACUCAGAUUUCUCGAUUGGAUUGUUCUCAUAAUAAGUUUCAGGGAUCUCUACCUAAAAAAAUAGCAGGUUUUUCAAGUUUGACUGAAUUGGUUUUAAAUGAUAACUUGCUAAAUGGGACAAUUCCAUCUUGGUGUUUCUCUUUACCAUUUUUGACAUCCUUAGAUCUAUCAAAUAAUCAGUUUAUUGGGCAUAUAAGACCAAUCUCAUCCCAUUCCUUGCAGUCUCUAUAUUUGUGUGGGAAUAAGUUACAAGGAAAUAUUCCAGAAUCAAUGUUUAACCUUGUAAACCUCACUAACUUAUGUUUGUCAUCAGGCAAGUGGAGUAAUUCUCUUCACUUUCCACUUUUCUCCAAGCUUCACAACCUUCAAAACCUUGAAGCUCUUUCUCUCUCAGGGUUUAAUUCAUCGUUAAUAGAUUCUGAAACAAAUGGCAGAUACAAUGAGUUUGACAAUGAGUUUGUCAACCUAAUAGCAUUGCAGUUGCUUCAAAUCGAUUUAACUAAUUUUUCCAAAAUCCCGUGGAAAUUUCCUAAUUUAGUAACUCUUGAAUUAUCAGAAAAUAAACUUAGUGGAAGAGUUCCCAAAUGGAUACAUGAUUUACAUUAUUUAUUUUUUUUGAAACUUACACAUAACCAGUUGUCAUCAAUAGGCCAAUUCCCAUGGUAUCAACUUGAAUACCUUGAUCUUAGUUUCAACCUUCUAACUGAUGACAAUAUUUCCUUCCUUUGCAAUGCAACUUCUGUCCAGAUUAUCAACUUGUCGCACAAUAAGUUCAGAGGCACCAUUCCACAAUGUGUUGCCAAUUUAUCUUCCCUUUAUGUUUUGGAUCUACAGACAAACAAAUUUCAUGGCACUUUGCCAAGUAACUUUUCCAGGAAUCUCAACACAUUGAAUCUCAAUGGGAACCAAUUAGAAGGUCAUUUGCCUAGAUCUCUGUCCAACUGCAAAGAUUUGAUGGAUUUGAAUCUUGGCGACAAUCAGAUUGAGGAUACAUUUCCACAUUGGCUUCAAAGUUUAUGGAUUUUGGAAAUAUUGGUUUUACGAUCCAACAAGUUGUAUGGGCCGAUAGUCAGCUUCAAAACCAAAGAUGUGUUUCCCAGUUUACUCAUUCUUGAUAUCUCAUCCAAUAACUUUAGUGGCCUAUUACCAAAAGCCUACAUAAAAAGUUUCCAAGCUAUGAAGAUUGUUGUUCUAGCAGAAUUGCAAAGUAGUUUUUAUUACAUGCAAAGUGGUUCUGCCUUUAUUAUAAACAACAUUGACCUAGGAUACGAUGAUUCUGUGACUACAACAAUUAAAGGGCUUGAAACCGAUUUUGAGAAAAUUCCAAAAGUUCUUGUAAGUAUUGAUUUAUCAAGUAACAGAUUUGAAGGAGAGAUUCCAGAUGAGUUUGGAGAACUUGGUGCACUCAUAGGACUCAACCUUUCACAUAACAACUUCAUUGGUCCUAUUCCCCGCUCUCUGGGAAAUUUGACAAACCUCGAAUCACUGGACCUCUCUUCAAAUAUGCUUGAUGGAGAAAUUCCUACUGAGUUGACCAAUCUGAACUUUCUUGCAUCCUUGAAUCUUUCCAACAAUCAUCUUGAGGGAUCAAUACCUCGAGGAAAACAGUUUGAUACAUUUUCAAACGAUUCCUAUGAGGGAAACAUAGGCCUAUGUGGAUUGCCAUUGUCAAUUCAAUGCAACAACAAUGUCCCUUUGCAACAAUAUCCAUCUUCUGAGGCUGAGGACAAAUUUGGAUUCGGUUGGAAACCAGUGGCAAUAGGAUAUGCAUGUGGAAUGGUGCUUGGAAUAGGAUUGGGAUUUUGUGUUUUCUCAAUUGGAAAGCCUCAAUGGCUUGUGAUCAUCUUUGGAGGCAAAAGAAUCAAGAGGAAGAGCCGUAGAAACCGGCGUGCAUGAACAACUUGUUGGGGCCACUCUCAAUGGAAUGUAAAUAUGUAGUAAUAAUUUAUAUUUGUCUUGAGACUUCAUUAUUUUAUCUUUUACAUAUCUGCAAGUCUUGGUGAUAUUUAUACUUAUUAUGUAUUUGUAAGUGUGUCGUUGCAAGUAAAUUAUGUUUUAUAGCAUAUAAUUGUCUCUUCAAUAUAUUAUAUAUUUCUGUUUUUGUUCAAAUUUAACAAAACUCGUUAGUUUAGGGGUUCUUCACUUAAUUCUACUGUUUAAUCUCCGAACUCCUAUCCAAGCGCGCACUUGUCAAAAUCUUUAGUAUUCUCUUUCUCUACUUUGAUAUAAACUAAGCCAUCUAAGCCAAAAACAGAGAAGAAAAUCAUUAUUAAAAAAAUAACAGAUAUUACAGAAGCAUUUUUUGCUAUAAAACUGGAUUUUACCUUAUUAAUAAAUGUUUUUGGCAGAGAAAAAGGAAGGCUUAAGACAUAUCACGCUUGAAUGCAUUUGGGACUUGGAAAAAUAACAGAAUACUCUUAUGUCUUGUGCUUGUAGUUGUUAAUUACAUUGUUGUCCGGGUUUUACGUAUGACGUUAAGAGAGUGAGAUGCCGAAGGUUUGAAACUUGAAAGUGAUGAUAGGAUAUAACCGCUUAAGUAACUUGCCGACAAAAUCAAAGUUUUGGUUUUGAUGGUGCUUAAGACUUGUACAACAUGGCUCAAUUGAAUGUGCCAGUGCUACAGUUCAACAAUUCUUCUGUCUUCGGAGUCCCUCCAACGACAUUGUUUAUUUGCUUUCAGACACAAAGUAGAAGUAAUUGCUCAUGGUUAACUAAGAAGCUAUUAGUGGUUGAAGCAAGAGCAAAUGCUAGAAGCCUAGAACAGAAAGUCCAAAAAUUCGAAACAGAAGGAUUCAGAAAAAGUUCAAUGGAACUGCUAGAAAUCCAAGGCUUUCAGUAUUUUGCUCAGAGAAGCAAUUGUAUGCAAUGCUUGUAGAUGACAAGAAUAAGAAGUGUCUGUUCUAUGCAAGCACACUGCAGAAAUCGAUCCGAAAUCCCCCAUGC